AUGUUCUUUCGUCGUGUCUUCUCACGAAAGCCAGCCUCCUCGAACGGCUUUCUGCAUCAUCAGUCUCAAGACUCCGGCGAGAAUACUCGCUUCCUGGACCACAAGUACCCAGGAUCGGCCAAGUACCACGCGAGAAGACUCAGUAGUGGUGGCUUGGAGGAUCAGAGGAAUCACGGUAGAGUGCUGAAUGUGAUUCAGUUGACACCUUUGUGGGAACACAUUAUCCGAACAGGACAUUUGCCGGCGAAUCUGAGCGUCACAGAUCUCUUCGGGGAGUUCAAUGAGCGCCUCAGUGAUCCAGAGUGGCAAGUGAGACAACACGCACUCAGGGUACUUGUGGAUGUGCUUCUGGUUCUUGGCCAGAGAGCGGACUUGCAUGUGGCACCACUGAUGGGAGUUCUCGUGGAGAACUUAGGUCACUCAGCGCCAGCUGUUCGAAAGGGCGCUCUCGAUGCUUUGCGAGUGUACAUCUCCGAGUCUGCGAUGCCAGAAACUGUCCUCCUGGAAAUCAUCGAUCUCGGCAUGGAACAUCCGCACGAAGAUCCUUUCGGCGGACGUCUCACGGUGGGGACAAUGCUUUCCAUGCCAGCUCUUGUGCAAGCCACGCAACCCACACCCAAAAGACAUCACAUUUUGCGCUCAGCUGUAGAGGCAUUGCUGGAGAAGACUGUUCAGGUAACCUAUCAGGAAGUGGCUCUGAAGAUUCUCUUAAAGAUAAGAGAUUACGUGGGUCAGGAAGAUUUCUACGAUGUGAUGCCACACAGUGCUCGAAGGAACUUUGAACUCCUCUGUAGUGUGUAUGGGCUCACAGAGCCUACCUCUCGAGAUUCAGGUAUAGAUCUGCACGCUCCGUCCAGCAGUGAGAGCAAAAACUCAUGGGAGCACACACCAAAAGCCCCAUCCAGCGACAGCAGUGUGAAUAGUGAAUCCCAAGAGGUGCAGUGGAAGGUGACAACAAAUCACAUGUCGGCUGUGAAUCCGGGAAAGCCCACAACUGCCGAUGAGGGAUGCUGUGGUGAUGUGAAAAAUUGCAAUAUGGAAGAGAUUCCCAUGGAAAACAUCCCUCCAUCGAAAGUGAUCAUGGAGACUGAGAUAAAGAUAAAUCAAGAUACAGCUGUGACUAUGAGAAUUCUCGAGGCGGAUCCAUCCUCAAUGGAAGCCUCCAUGGAGAACAACUCAAAUGCCGAAGACAGUGAGGAAGAAGUGACAAUUGUGGAGACGAAAGUGCCAGAGUCCCAAAUAAAAAUGGAGGACUUUGAGACAGAGGCAAGAAGAACACCUAGAAGGGUGCAUUUUGGAGGAGAAGUGGUGAAAAUGAGGACUCCAGACAGUGAUAAUGUGACUCAGAGUGAUGGAGAUGAUCAAAUACGUCCAGUUAUCAUGACAAUAGCCACACCACCAUCGUCAGGAAGAUCCACACCACAGAAUUCUAAUUCGAAUUCAUCAUCCCUUAUGAAUAAUCUUAGCAUCAACAUUCCAAAUGACAACACUAAACCUCCACUCCAGCGUCCACGAACGGCUACCAUCACAAAACUCGACUCCCCCAAGUACUCAGCAUCUCCCUCAGAUCAAGUAAAUUCGCCUGAUCGAUAUAGAGGCAUGAGACACAAAUCAGCAUCUCCACGGCAUCAAGCUCGACGAUUCAGCUUCACCAAUGACUUAUUGAGCCCCAGGACAGAGCACAGGCCCAUAGAAGUGAUGCACAAUCUCCAGAGGAGCCCUAUGGUGUCACCCAUUCCGGCCAGAAGUCGCGAUAAUUCCGAAGACAGUCAAAAAGACAGGUUUCAUGAGGGCGAGAUACAGAGCCCACCAGAAGCCAAGACAUGGGAAAACCUCAAUCUUGUCGAUGAGAGCGUAUCGAAGGAACUCAGAAGCGGGGACUGGCGUCUUCGAUCGCGGGCUCUGUACAAAUUGGAAGAUGCCUUGCGAUCAUCGGAGAACCUGGCCGCAGUUCAGCCUUAUCUAGACUCCCUUCUGCGAACUCUUCUCUCAUCCGAACGCCAUCCGGAUGUGUGUGAAGACAAACGACGUAUCCUCGUGAAUCUCAUCUCGAGACUUCCCCUGGAGAAUCUAGAGAAUCGCACUGGACAGAUCGUGAUGGGACUUUGCCGUCAAGGUGGAUCGACAGGCAACAGUGUGGCCAAAGCUCUGAUGCAGAGACUCCCUCCAGCUGCUAUCGUUCUUCGUCUCCUUUCGGACGAAUUUCUCAGCGCCAAAAGUUCUAAGUUUCGCGAGAAUGCCCUUCAAAUGGUGCUCUACGCCCUCAUGACAUUCCCCAGCACAUACUUCGAUGUGGCCACGUGCGUGAUGCGCGCCACACAGGCAGCCAUCGAUCCCAAGAAGAGAGUCCGCCAGGGUGCCUUGGAUGUUCUCGCCGUUCUUGGUCAGAUAAGUUCUCCAAAAGUUGUGAUGGACGUGGUGAAUGGCAUUGCGGCCACAAGAACGGAUGGAAAUGCUCUGAGUGCUGCCGUGAAGGCGAGAUUGGCCAGGAAGCAACUGCCAAUGAUCCGAGGCGAUGGCUCAGUGCAGUACGGCCUAAAACUGCCCAGUCCACAGGCGAAUUUCUCAAUCUUUGGCGCCGACAUUGAGUGGAUAACAUCAGGAGUGGGUUCCGUGUCGCCCACAUCGCUCAAGAAGAGGUCACAGAGAGUCCAAGCGCAGGCCAGCCAACCCGAUGACUCUAAUAACCGGUCAAUUGCCGAGGAAUCGACACAGACGAACUACUUUCUGGCGAGGCGCAUGAAAAUGUCUCAAGAGAGCGGGGGCGGUAAAGUACAUCAUGACACCCAAAAUACCACCUUCGACAGUGGAUCUUCAAGGACCAAGGAUAAUGAUAGGAACGGCCAAUUUAUCGUAGCGACAGCAAUUCCUGUCCAUCAGCAAAUGCCACCGAUAUCAAAUGGUGGCUUUCGAUCGCACCAGUAUCAAUCACAGCACCUCCAGGCUCACUCCUUUCCCGAACUAUCGAAAGCCGAGGUGGCAGGAAGUCAGAAAACCACUUCUCGACCAUCAAACACGACGCUGGAAUUUAUGGAAAUUCCGCGACCUUCAAAACUUCCCGUGGCUUCGAGAUUUCCAGCAAUGGACAGUGGUCGAAACGGUGAGAGCAGCAGCAGAGGAACCAUUGACAACCCUUAUGCUGGCCUCAGCAAUCGUGUCUCCUUCAUUCGGAUUCCUCAACAAAAGAGUGGAACGAUGACGGAUCCUCAAGGCACUCCGACCAUUCAGAGCUCCUUAGCAGAAUCCCAUCGUCCAGUCACGCAUCCUGCAUUGGAAAAAUCUGCACUGACUAAGAGAUUUAGUGUGCCAGAACGACUCAAUGCCGUACCAGAGAGACAGAGCGAUAAUGCCAGUAAUAAAUAUCAACAUACGGACACGCAGGCGCACGAGGAAGCGGAACAAGGACCUAUUUCCGGAAGUGGAGCGAACGGUGGGCCAGCGAUUCUGGGUCGUUUCUCCACAGCCGCCCAGCCGGACAUUGUGGCAGCUGCUGCUGCCGUGGUGGCAGAUCAGCUGACCUCAUCAAUCACCACUGCUCGGGAAGAGGAUGAGGAGGAUAGAAGCAGUGUCACAUCGUCUAAUGAGAAGUCCAGCAACUUGUCUCCUCACUCCACGCCAACUCGAGUUGUUAGCACUGGAAGUUUGGAGCUGAAGACAGAAGAAGAGCCAUUUGUGGACAACGACGCUAUGCCUUCACGUGCCCAAUCUGCCCAUUCUCUCGAUCAUCGGCCCAUUCACAGCGCCUCCCGUCCAGUCACAAGUCAUAGUCUCAGGGAGAAUCUGCUGGCGGACUCCCUGACUCCCGUGGGAUCAGAAACACGUCCAACCUCACCGACCAUCCCACUCGAGGCUGAAGUUAUGUCUACAAACUCCGUCGGGGCCUCAUCAGAAGUCGACGAGACCAUUGAGGCAGCCCUGAAUGUCUUACAGAAGCGACACGAGUUGGACGAAUCCAACGCUUUAACACAUCUGGACAGUCAACCUGAGGAUGGAGACAGCAAGUGCACCAGCAGCUCUCAAUCCGAAGUGGGCGCUACUGAUGAGAUAGACCACGCCUCAUCUGCUGUGGAACGUCCAUUUGAUCCCCAAGUUCUUCCCUUUGUCGCGGAGUCCAAGUCAGCGCCAAGCAAGAUCACUCGGCCACCCAUUCUGCGACGCUCCCGUAAAGUGUCACCCCUCAAGACAACGCCUAAUCUUGUUGGAUGCCGCACAAAAAGUCUGGAGCUCUAUCCACCAACAAUGAGACGCUUUGACAAGCCCAAAGAAGCCUUCGCGCUCACUCUGAAUCAACUGGAGAGCCCAAGUUGGGAAAAUUCAAUGACGGGUCUCAAAAAUUUUGUCCGGCUGAUUAGACAUCAUCCCGAUCUCGUGGAUUCACAAAUCCACCUCUUAGCUGGUAUUCUGGCCAAGCACGUCCGCAAUCUCCGCUCUCAAGUAGCCAGAGCAGCAUGCCAGGCAGCCGGAGAGUUCUUCACCACACACCGACGAGCCCUGGAACAGGAGGCAGACGAUCUCGUGACCACUCUUCUCCACCGAACUGCAGACACUAACAAAUUCCUACGCAGUGACGCCACUAAAGCCCUAGAAUUGAUGUGUGAAAACCUCACGAUGGGCAAAGUGAUCCACUUACUAACAUCCCGCGGAGCCACACAUCCCAAUGCUAUUGUUCGCACCACGACAGCGAUGCUCCUCACCAAAGUCGUGGACAAUGUGGGAUAUGAGAAAAUCUUCAGCGCCAACCGUGAAGUCAGAGACAAAGUCAUUCUCACCGGAGCAAAUCUCCUCACCGAGGGCAGUCUAGAGACACGAAACUAUGCCAAGCACAUGUUUAAGCUCCUGUCUGGACAUCAGCAGUACGGAAAACUCCUUCUCGAGAUCAUUCCCUCGAAGUUGUAUCGCAACAUUGAGAAGACAUUGAAGAGAGUUUAGCGCACAUAAAAUAGCUAAAUUUAUCCAAGUUUUAACAAACCUAGCGUCUCUGUUGACUAUCUCUUUGUACUUGGUUAUUUUUUAAUGUAAAAAUACACACUGUUUCAUAUUUU